AUGAUAUCUAUUCCGUUUCUUUCAGGCUUUCUUUUAUCUUUUAAUUUAUUUAUUUGUAUAUAUUCCAUUUGCAUUGUCUGUUUUCCUUUCUUGCUCUUUCUUUCUCGUACUAUUUCUUUUUUCUUUCGUUCUUCCUCUAUUUCUUCUUUCUUUCUCUUUCUGGAUUAUUCUCUUUCUACUGCCCAUUCUCAUUCAUUUCGUUUCUUCCUUUUUGUUGUUUUUACUAUUUUUUCUUUCUUUCCUUCAUUCUAUCAGCUUUUAAAUUUCUUUCUUGUCAUUGAAUCAAUUUCUUUCCUCUCGUGUCUCGCUCGUUUUCGAUGUUAUACUUUUUUCUUCAUCUUUUUCACUUAUAUUUUUCCACUAGCCUCCAGUCUUUCCCUAUAUUUGCACUACCCUCUUUUUUCAACCAAUCAUUUUUCACCGUCUGCCUGUCUCUUUCCUGAACCGCCUUCUUAA